AUGUCGUGGAAUGGAUUUAAAAAGUCUAUGAACAGGGCUGGCACAACAAUGAUGCAGAAGGUUGGCCAAAUAGAGAGAACCAAUGACAGCGAGUGGUCAGAGCUCGAAGCCAGAUUCAAAGUAUACGAGAAAGAGUCUACGGGACUUCAAAAAGAGGCAAAAGGCUACUUGGAUAGCAUGAGAGCAAUGACGGCGGCUCAGGCUAGAAUCGCCGAAACAGUAGAAUCAUUCUACACAGACUCAAACGAGGAGGCUAUGGCUGGGCACGCGUACAAGAGAGCUGUUGAAGACCUCGAUACAAAGACAGGAAGGGAGCUGGAUGCUCCGUACAGAACAACCGUCCUCGAGCCAAUACAGAAGCUGUGUGCAUACUUCCCCAACACGAAUCAAGCUAUUAGCAAGAGACAUAAGAAGCUCCUCGACUACGAUGCAGCCAGAACUAAAGUACGGAAAUUAACAGAGAAGCCUUCAAAUGACGCAAGCGCAUUACCAAGAGCACAACGGGAAAUGGAUAUGUGCGAGAACGCGUACAUAGCCCUGAAUGACGAAUUGAAGGACAUAAUGCCACAGAUGCUCGACCUGAGAAUACCAUACCUCGACCCAUCAUUCGAGGCGAUGGUGAGGUUGCAAUCCAAGUUCAGUCAGGAGGGUUACGAAAAGCUCGGUGGUGUACAGAGGUACUUUACAGACAACGUCAGAGACGAUUACGCAAAUGGAAGUUUGGAUGCGGAGGUGGAGAACAGCCUACAAGAAAUGAAGGAUUUGACUAUCGUUGGAUUGAGCUGA